AUGGGCGCUCAGGGCCCCGGCUGCGCUCCGCCUAUGCCCGAGGGAGGCUCAGAGGACCGAGGGCCGCGGUCCGCGGCGGGCCCGAAUCAGACACCUCCGGGGCCACGUGGCCCUGAGCCACGAACGGGAGUGGGCAGGGGGGGGGCGCCGACAGGGGGCGGGCCUGGAGAGGCCCAGGGCGGGAGGGCGCCGAGACCUCCGCGCCCCUUACCCCAACCCCAAGCCCAGGCAUGCACGCCCGACCGGCCGCUCGGGGUCCCGGAAACACUCCGGGCCCCCGGGCCGGGCCAGGUUUGCUGGCCAGGGUUACUGGUGUGCGGGGACGGGGAGCCUUCGGCCGGGCUGCCGGCCCUGGCCGGCGCGCCCCGUGGAAAGGUGCGGCCGGCUGGCUCGACACGGCACAUCAGAGCGAAAAGGAGCCGCAGCGCAGGGUUUUUAAAGGUGCCUGGCGGCAACCGCCUCCAUCUAAGAUCAUACCACCCUGAACGGGCCAGAUGUCUUCUGUUCGGGGAAACUAAGCAGGGUUAG